GCAUUAGUACAAACACUCGUUAGAACACAGCAUUAGAAAUGAGAGGUUGGACAUGCGUUUUCUCUUACAUUAUAAUUACACUCUAUACACAAUCCAGAGCAGAAUCCAGAAUUUUGCGGGGUUUUCAAGAUGCCAACAUGAAGAAUAGAGUAUUUACUCCCAAAUCUAUCAGAGAGUCAGUGCAGCGAAGCAAAAUACAGUGUGUUGACUCAUGUUCAACGGUGGACUCCUGCAUAUCUUUACUGUAUAAUAGUGUUGUAAAGAUUUGUCGACUCUAUGACCAAGAUUUCACUCACGAAGACUCCUUCUCUUACGAAGAAAACUGGGAUUAUUUCUACAUUAUUAGAGUUCCAGAUUGGUCAAUUACUAAAGCAGAAUGCAACAAACAGGACCACUUUCUGUAUGUAUAUUCGCUGGACUUUUGCUUUAAAGUUUUUCUCAAAGAAAAAACAUAUGACGAAGCUUUAAAUGAGUGCAGAACAUUCAGUGGCGGCAAUCUUGUGAAAAUCGAUAGAAAAUUAAAGCAAACAGAAGUGGAAAAAUACCUCGAUACGAUGUCCCUCUACUUCGAUUCUAGUGACCAAAUUCGCAUCGCUGGAUACCACUCACAUGGCAAUGAGUGGGUGUAUGAUGACAACCAAGUACUAACCUACUUUAACUGGAAUACUGCUCAGGACCAACCGGAAGGACAGACGGGUAUCGCCAUAAGCUUGGGGAUGACCUCUGGGUACAGAUGGCACGAUGUGUCGGACAACAGAGACCUUAAGUUUAUUUGUGAAAUUAGGGCACAGUAGAAUAGAAAUUCAACUGUAUGGACUUGAGUUUUAAAUAAAUCAAUUUUAUUGAAACAGUGUGUGUAAUGAGAUUGAAAAAAAAUCUCUGAACUAUACUAUUACAAUUAGUUCUGUAGAAUCGACGAAUAUGUGUAUAACUAAAUUUGAUAUUCUGUGUAUUAUUUUUCUCAUAAACUGAAAAAAUCUGAUAAACAUAUUUCCUGAUACUCUGGUGGUAAAUGAUUAUGAAAACUCGUAAAUGUUAAUGCAUUUUAUUCGCGGUUUUCUAAACCAAUACAUUUGAAAACCUCUUCUCGUCUCUAACAAUCAUAUAGGAUACAAUUGCUUUACGGAGGUACUCUACAUCGUCAUAAUGACAGCUGGCUUCCUUUUAAACCAUGAAUACAAAUAUGAAUGUAACUAAUAUUUGCCUAUUCAUUUCAAACAUCCUUAAAGCUUGUCAAGUUGAAUAGCUCAAUAGGUUAGCACGUCGACAACUGAACUGUAGAUCUCGGGUUCGAGUCUAGCAGGUUUUUUGUUUGUUUGUUUUGGGGGGUUUUUUUUUGGGGGGGGGAGGGUUAUAUUUCAGAUUGCUUUGUACUAAAACUGCAUGUUUCGACGAAAGAAAUUUGAAAAAUUUCAAUUUCAAAAUAUUGCUGUACUCUUUUCUUCCAUAUCAAAUUUCUCUGGUGUAGCAUUCAUCCUUAAUAUACUCUGCAUUUCUUAAUACUAGAACUGUGCCUGUUCUACGUAAUGAAUUAUGCAUACGUUUACUCCCCCUCGGAUCCUCAGAUCUUUGAUUUACGAGAAUAAAAAUACCAAAACAAAAUGCACAGUCACUUUUUAUUUGGAUUCUCAGAGUAUUUUGAUUUGGGUGGGAUUUUUUUAUAUUGCUUUCAUUAAUUUCUUUCAGGAAUCACAAUAUAAUCGAUAUCCUGCAGGAAUAUUUUCAUCCAAUUCUUGUUCGUUAUGUUUAAAUAAAAUUAACAUAUCAUCAAAUUAGCUCUAGUGCAAUUAUCAGAUGCUGUCCUUUGGGUCAAAUGAAUGCAAAUAAAUAUUGACACAUUUUU